AUGAGGAGCACCUACCUACAUAACUUCGAACUAGCUGAUGACCUUGCUUUCCUAGCUCAACUACGAUCUGAUAUGCAGAGUAAGCUCGAUGAUCUUGCUGAUCGCUCUUCGGCGUCAGGUCUUACUAUCAACGCCAACAAGACCAAAUCGUUGGACGUAACCACGGUCAAUCCUUCUAGCUUUACGGUAGCUGGGCAAGCACUGGAGAAUGUUGCAAGCUUCCAAUAUCUUGGUAGCCAAAUAGCGACCGAUGGCUGCAACAAGAUUGACAUGGGUCUUGGUCUUCAGCACCACCACAGCAUCAGCGUAACAUUGCAGCAGCAGCAGCAGCAACGGCUUGACGGAUACCUAUGUAAUUUCAUCCCAUUUCGCUUGGAAGCUGGCUAG